CAAACCAAUGUCUGAACUUUAAAAGUUUAACUUAAACCACGUUUUUCGCGUUUUAGUGAAGUUUUGGAGUUUCAAUUGCGAUUUUUUUUUUAAAGAAUUAAUAAAUAAAGCCCGUAGGUAUAGGAAAAAAUGUUUGAAGUGCCAGAUUGGGACGAUACUUCCAGCAAUAACCUAAGUUUUACAAAUGUGUCGCGUUCACCCAAAAAAAAUAAUAAAAAAAAUAAGAAAACCAAAACACCUGAAAUGCCAAAACAAGUUGUUCAAGCAAAGCCAAGGUUCAAAGCAAAGACUAUAUCCACUUCAAAGAUGAAAUUAUUGAAACAAGUACAGAGAUCUAACAAAAUAGAAAAUAAACAAAAAUAUAAAAAAAAUAAUGAGAAGAAACAAGAAAAUUAUAAUUUGACCAAACAAGGAAAUAGUCUAAUUAAUUUAAUAGAUAAUAAAAAAGAUCUUGAUAAUGAUAUUAAGAUUAAAAACUAUGAAAGUGGUAAACAAGAUGAAUUGGUUCUUGAGGUUAAAAAACAGAAAUUAGACACAACACAAUUAAAUGAGAAGAAACAAGAAAAAUAUAAUAUGUUAAAACAAAGAAAUAGUCUAAUUAAUGUAAUAGAUAAUAAGAAAGAUCUUGAUAAUGAUAUUAAGAUUAAAAACUAUGAAAGUGAUAAACUAGAUGAAUUGGUUCUUGAUGUUAAAAAACAGAAAUUUGACACAACAUACAAGAAUGAUGAUAAUGAAGAAAUGUUAUUUCAAGAAAGACCUGAGAAGAUUUCAAAAAAAAAAAAGAAAAAAUUACAUUCCAAUGAAACCACUAAUAAUACUGUAAUUGAAACUUCAUAUAAACCUCAACCUGAUCAUGAGGAUCCUGAACCUAAAGAUGAUAAUGAAACACAGAUUAUAGCCAAAGACAGAACCACUUCAAUUAAAACUAAAAAAGUAAAAGUUAAAGUUAAAAAUGACACAGGCAAUGUUAUUGAAAGCAAAGGAAUUAGAAAAAAUGUUAAGUUAAAAGACUUAAGAAAGAAAGAAAUUUUGAAAUCUGUGCUACAGAGAAAUCAUAUAAAUGUUAGUGGGAGUAAAUUAAGAAACAGGAUGCUAGACAGGCUAAAAGCUGCACAAUUUAGAUACUUAAAUGAGAAGCUAUAUACAUCUAGUGGAUCAGAUGCUCAGAAGCUGUUCCAGGGGGACCCCAGUGCAUUCCAGAUCUACCAUGAGGGCUACCAACAACAGGUCAAGAAGUGGCCAGUGAAACCACUGGAUGUUAUUGUUAAAAGGAUACAGAAAAUGCCCCAAACCCAUAAAAUAGCUGACAUGGGCUGUGGAGAAGCGGAGCUGUCUAAGCGCGUGUCCCAAACGGUGAGAUCCUUCGACCUGGUGGCCACGGUGCCCGGCGUGGAAGCAUGCGACAUGGCGCGCACUCCGCUUCUGGCUCGCUCGAUGGACGUAGCUGUGUACUGCCUGGCUCUGAUGGGCACGGAGCUAACUCAGUACUUGCUUGAAGCUAACAGGGUGCUUAAACCUGGUGGUCAUUUACUAAUAGCAGAGGUGGAGAGUCGGUUCGACAACAUUCAAGCUUUCACCAGCGAUGUGCAGAGGCUCGGGUUCUCUCUCAAGAAGUUGGACGACACGCAGAAAGUGUUCUACUUCCUGGAGUUCACCAAAUUACGCGACCCGCCCGUCAAGAAGGCGAAGCUGCCCGUGUUGACCUUGAAACCGUGUAUUUAUAAGAAACGGUGAACUGAAUAAACUUUUACCGUUGA